AUGGCUUCGUUAAGCACUUGGCUGCUUUUGGGCUCCGUCUGGCGGCCGUCGGCAGAAGACUGCGUCGUGACGGUGGAUCCAACCCAGCGCGGCGUCGCGCAGGGACGGCUCGUGGGUGCAGGCAUCGAGGAUGUGAACAACGAGCUUUACGGCGGUCUCUACACAGAGAUGGUGUAUGGAGACUCCUUCGAGGAGCCUCCCACUGACGGCGUGAGCGGUGCUGACUUCGUUCAGCCUAUCCCAGCCUUUUCCGGGCGAGGACUCACAAGGCCCACUUGGAAAGUUUGGGCGGCCUCUGAAAGCUCUCGUUUCAACGUGUCCUUCGACCGAUUUCAUGGCAACCAGAGCCAGCUGAUUCAGAAUGGUGCCAUCGCCAACUUCGGCCUGGGACAGCAAGGCAUGUACUUUGCUGCGGGCAAGGACUACCGUGGCUUCGUGUAUGCAAAAGCGGAUGGGUCUGCCACACUCAGCGUGUCUCUCGUCGCUGAACACAACGGCCGGCGGCAGCUUCUGAACUCUACAACUUUCCAGCUGAAGAGCUCGAACACUUGGCUGCGCCUUGACUUUCUGCUCACGCCGGCUGCCUCCAGUUUCUGCGCCAUGGCCAUGCCGAACAGCAGCUUCGUCCCCCGCGCCAAACUUUGCGGCUACAGCACUCCGAUCCCGGAAGUGCAAUCGGGCUGCUACCAGUGCACAGGCGGCAUCAGCCUGGACGUUCGGGGUGCCCCCGUGCGGAUCGACUCGAUUUCCCUGCAACCAGGCUCCUGGGGGCGCUUCCGAGGGCUGCCUGUUCGAAAGGACGUUGCUGAAGCCAUGUUCAACAUCGCCGGCUGGGAGCUUCUUCGUUUAGGUGGCAGCAUGUGUAAUGCCGCGGGCUAUUCCUGGAAGAACUUCCGUGGCACCCGGCGC